GCAGCAAGGGGGUGACGGUCCUGCACAGCUUCUCCGCGCUGUCCUCGGUCACGGCGCGGCAGGUGGAGGAGGCCGUGGCCCGGUUCCGGGAGCGGUGCCGCGCCAGCGACCCGGGCUGCCGCUUCCUGCGGGACAUCGUCUCCUACCGCAGCGCGUGGCGGUGCCGCGGCCCGCCCGGGCGGGGGGCAGACCCCCUCCGCCCCAGCCCCGCACCCCGGUCCUGCCCCCCCGCAGGGGACCGGGGGGGCAGGGGGGACGGGGCGCCAGCCCUGCGACCCCGUCUCCAGCACCUGCGUCUUCCAGGACGGGCUGCCGCGCUGCUCCUGCCGCCCGGCUACCGCGCCGCGCACCCCAUGGACCGCGCCUGCACCCGUGGGCCGGGCCGGGCGCGGGGGGCUCCAGGCAGCACAGGGGUCCCGGUCCUGGGUGACAUGGGGGUCCCAGUCUUGGGUGGUGCAGGGGGGGCACCAGGCAGCACGGGGGUCCCGGUCCCAGGUGACAUGGGGGUCCCCCUCCCGGGUGAUGCAGGGGGACCCAGUCCCGGGCAGUGCAGGGGUCCCGGUCCCAGGCGGUGUGGGGGUCCUGGUCCCGGGCAGUGUAGGGGUCCCGGUCGGCACGGGGGGGCCCAGUCCUGGGCAGUGCGGAGGGUCCGGGCCCGGGUGGUGCAGGGGCUCCAGGCGGUGCAGCAAUCCCAGCUCUGGGUGGUGCGGGGGUCCCGGGCGGCACGGCGAUCCUGGUGCCCGGUGGCUCGGGGGUCCCGGUCCUGGCCCCAGUCCAUGUGGGGGGGUCCAGCCCCGGCGGCCGCAGCCCCCACGGCGCCUCUCUCCCCGCAGCCUGCCGCAGCGGAUUCCGGCUGCAGGACGGUGCCUGCCGCAGGUGCCCCUUCGGCUUCGGCGGCUGGCAGUGCGAGGAGCCCUUCCUGCUGGUGCUGGUCCUGGUGUCCGUCUCCGGGGGGGCCCUGCUGCUGCUGCUGCUGCUGCUGCUCGCCUGCGGGUCUCCCCGGGAAGGAUGUGGCUGCUCGCUCUCGCCGGGGCGCUGGCGGCGCUGGGCGUCGUGGCCGGCACCGACCCCACCGUGCCGCCCCCGGCCAAGGCCUCCAUCUUCGCCGACCUGAGCGCCGCGGAGCUGCGGGCCGUGCGGGCCUUCCUCAUGGGCCGCCCCGAGCUGGGGCUCUCGCCGAGCCACGGGGGGCCCCUGGCCAAGAACAGCAUCUUCCUGGUGGAGCUCCUGGCCCCCAAGAAGCGGCUGGCCCUGCGCUACCUGGACCAGGGCGGCCCCGCGCCCCAGCGCCAGGCGCGGGCCGUCGUCUUCUUCGGGGCGCAGGCGGAGCCCAACGUCACCGAGUACGCCGUGGGGCCCCUGCCGCGGCCCAGCGCCUACCGGCCGCUGCGGUUCAAGGGCCGGCGCGCCGUGCCCUUCGCCGCGCGGCCGAUGACCCUGCUGGAGUACGAGCUGCUGCACCGCAAGCUGGCCGAGGCCACGGAGCCGCUGUACCGGCUGCUGCGUGAGACCACGGGCUUCUGGUACCACAACUGCACCGAGCGCUGCCUGACCUUCUCGGACGCGGCGCCGCGCGGGCUGGCGCCCGGCGAGCGCCGCAGCUGGGUCAUUCUGCAGCGCUUCGUGGAGGGCUACUUCCUGCACCCGGUGGGCCUGGAGGUGCUCGUCGACCACCGGGACCCCGACCCGCGGCGCUGGGCCGUGCAGCGGCUCUGGUACAACGGGCAGUACUUCUCCAGCGCCCGGGAGCUGGCCGAGCGCUACGAGCGGGGGCAGCUCCCCGCGGUGCGCCUGGCCGACCCGGCGCCGCGGGAGCUCUUCUCCAGCUACGUGCCGCGCGGGCGCUUCGCCACCGGCACCCCCACCGACGUGCACGGCGCCAAGGUGUGCGAGCCGCAAGGCCGGCGCUACCGCCUGCGGGGCAACCAGCUGGAGUACGGGGGCUGGAGCCUGGCCUUCCGCCUGCGCUCCUCCUCCGGCCUGCAGCUCUUCGACGUGCGCUUCAACGGCGAGCGCCUGGCCUACGAGGUGAGCGUGCAGGAGGCCGUGGCCUUCUACGGCGGCGACACGCCGGCCGCCAUGCAGACCAAGUACAUCGACGCCGGCUGGGGCAUGGGCUCCGUCACCUACGAGCUGGCCCGCGGCAUCGACUGCCCCGAGGUGGCCACGUACGUGGACGCGCACCACCUGUACGACGCCGACGGGCCGGUGCGCUUCGCCCGCGCCCUCUGCGUCUUCGAGCUGCCCACGGGCGUCCCGCUGCGGCGGCACUUCGACAGCAACUUCCAGGGCGGGUACCACUUCUACGCGGGGCUGGAGGGGCAGGCGCUGGUGCUGCGCACCACCUCCACCGUCUACAACUACGACUACAUCUGGGACUUCCUGCUGUACCCCAACGGCGUGCUGGAGGCCAAGGUGCACGCCACCGGCUUCAUCCACGCCACCUUCUACACGCCGCAGGGCCGCCGCUACGGCAGCCGCGUGCACGCCCACGUCCUGGGCAACGUGCACACCCACCUCGUGCACUACAAGGUGGACCUGGAUAUCGCAGGCACCCAGAACAGCUUCGAGACGAUGGAGCUGCGCUUCGAGAACAUCUCCAACCCCUGGAGUCCGGGCGAGCGCGUGGUGCAGCCCUGGCUGCACCGGCAGCCGCGCCGCAGCGAGCGCCAGGCCGCCUUCCGCUUCGGCAGGGCCCUGCCCCGCUACCUGCUCUUCUACAACCCCCGGCAGCGCAACCGCUGGGGCCACCACCGCAGCUACCGCAUCCAGCACAGCUCGCACGCCGGGCCGGCGCUGCCCCGCGGCUGCGGGGAGGAGAAGGGCAUCGCCUGGGGCAGGUACCACCUGGCCGUGACGCGGCACCACGAGAACGAAGACACCAGCAGCAGCCUCUACACCCAGAACGACCCCUGGGAGCCCGCGGUCAACUUCGAGGGCUUCAUCCGCAACAACGAGAGCAUCGAGGACCAGGACCUGGUGGCCUGGGUGACGGUCGGCUUCCUGCACGUCCCGCACGCCGAGGACGUCCCCAACACCGCCACCCCCGGCAACGCCGUCGGCUUCUUCCUGCGCCCCUUCAACUUCUUCGACGAGGACCCCUCGGUGGCGUCGCGCAGCCCCGUCAUCGUCCGGCCCCUGGACCCGGCCGCCUCCCAGCUGGAGAUCCAGCGCUGGACGCCCGACAGCCCGGGGCCCUGCGUCUCCCCGGGGCCCUUCACCUACAACGGCACGUACUGGCAGGAGUGACCGGCAGGGAGGAGACGCCGGCCGGUGCCCCCCCGGUGCCACAGCCCCAUUGCACCCGCCCGGAGCAUCCCCGGUGCCAGGACCCCGCUGCACCUGGCUGGUGCAUCCCUGAUGCUGCAUCCCUGAUCCACCCGCCCGGAGCAUCCC